AUGUUAUACACCUGCAACUGCGUGAUCGUGGGCUUGGUGACUGGUCUUGGAGUUGCGCUCCUGCAGUACCUCAUGGGAAGGAAGAGGCAAAAAGGUCUGCCACCAGGUCCCAAUGGCUUCCCCUUUAUCGGCUACCUUCCCUUCGUGAUUAAACACUGGGAUGUCGAAGCACUCCGGAAGAAGUACGGUAACGUGUUCGGGCUCAAGGUCGGGAGCCGUUACGUGGUGUUCUUAUGCGACUUCGACUCAGUGAAGGAAGCCCUCACGCACAAUGCGCUGUUGGACCGGCCAGAAGAGUUUCCACUGAAUAUCAGUGACACGAAAAAGCAGAACGGCCAACAGCUUCAAGUUACCUUCACGUGA